AUGACGUCCAACCCCGUUAAUGGUAUUAAUGGCAUUCCCAGCCAUGCUUUAGACAUCACAGUCUUGGGUUUAAAUAGUGGAACCUCAAUGGAUGGCAUUGAUUGUGCCCUUUGUCAAUUCCGCCAAGAGACACCCGAAUCGCCUAUGCACUUCGAACUACUUAAGUAUGGCGAAAUUCCACUUGAACCGGUGAUCAAGAAGCGGGUGAUGAACAUGAUCCUGCACAACAAGACCUCUCCUUCCGAGCUGUCUGAAGUAAACGUGAUCCUAGGCGAGACCUUCGCUUCGGCCGUGCACCAGUUCUGUAAGGAUCACAAUGUGGAUAUCGAAUCGAUUGAUGUCCUCGGAUCACACGGCCAAACCAUCUGGCUACUUUCCAUGCCGGAGGCCGGCGAGACCCGCAGUGCUCUGACUAUGGCCGAAGGCACAUUCCUAGCCUCGCGCACGGGAAUUACCUCCGUCACUGACUUCCGGGUAAGUGAUCAGGCAGCCGGUCGUCAGGGAGCUCCUCUCAUUGCCUUCUUCGAUGCACUAGUGCUGCACCACCCGACGAAGCUACGUGCGUGCCAGAACAUUGGCGGCAUCGCAAACGUCUGCUUUAUCCUCCCGGACAGUCAUGGCGGUGUUGAUGCGUGCUACGACUUCGACACUGGUCCAGGAAAUGUGUUCAUCGAUGCCGUCGUGCGUCACUACACUAAUGGCAAGCGCGAGUACGACCAGGAUGGCGAGAUGGGAGCCCGCGGUACCGUUGACCAAGCACUUGUGGAUGACUUCCUAACACAUCCCUAUUUAGCAUUGGAACCACCUAAGACCACGGGCCGUGAAGUUUUCCGUGACACUCUCGCCCAUAAUUUCAUCGUCAAGGCCGAGGCCAAGGGCCUCAAUCCUGACGAUGUCGUCGCAACCAUCACCCGUGUCACCGCCCAGGCUAUCGUGGAUCAUUACCUUCGCUAUGCUCCCAAAGACCUUGAGAUUGCUGAAAUAUUUUUGUGCGGGGGUGGUGCCUACAACCCCAACAUCGCCGCCUUUAUCCAAGAAAACUACCCCAACACCCGCAUUAUGAUGCUUGAUGAGGCUGGUAUCCCUGGCGGCGCGAAGGAGGCCAUUACCUUUGCUUGGCAGGGUAUGGAGGCUGUAGUUGGCCGAUCUAUCCCUGUUCCCACUCGUGUCGAGACUCGCCAAGAAUAUGUCCUCGGUAAGGUGUCUCCGGGCAAGAACUACCGCAAGGUCUUGCGUCAGGGUAUGAUGUUUGGCGCUGGUCGUGAUCAUCUCUCUCCAGUGAAAGAGUUGAUUAACUACGUCGACGGCAAGCCUUUCGACAACAAAUGGUAA